CAUGCAGUUGUAGUGCAGCAACAGAAACCACGUGAUUAACGCGGAAGUUGUAGCCCUUAAGUGAAUGUGAAGUCGAGCAGUGGCUCGCAGAGCAGUGUCUGGCUUGUUCUGACUGGAGCUUUGGGUUUCACGGUUCUGGUUCUGGUUCUGGUUCCUUUCUGUAGCAUCUUGGGAGGUUCAGACUGAAAUCUACAACAGCAGAAGCUCAUUAUCAGUGAGAAUAGGGUUGUUUUGAGGUCAGAUGAUAUCUACGAUGAGGCUGUAACUGAAGCUUUUCUUGAGUUUGGUCCUGAUUGUUGCCAGAAUGGCCACUGCUAAGAAAGCAGCGUCUAAGACGGGGGGCGUUCGCUUCGCUGAGGAACCCGCUGCGGCCGCCACCGCUCACUCUCAUGUGCAUUUUGACGAGAAACUGCACGACUCCGUCGUCAUGGUGAUACCCGAAUCAAACGGGAACUUCCUGGUUAAGGUGGGCUUCCUGAAAACACAGCACCGAUAUGAGAUCGUGUUCACACUGCCGGAGAUGCCAGAGCUCGGGAAAGACAUGUGUCCAGCCCCCAUCCCCAAUCCUCACCUCCGUAUAACUAACAUAACGCCAUCCUCAGACGGAGGUCUGAGGGUGACAUGUGAAUAUAUGGCCCAUCAGGAGGGAGUGAUGUGUGAGGAGGCGCAGAUUCUUAGUGAGAACAAAGAGGAUGCAAGCGUGAAGGUUAAAGUUCAUGCUCGUGUCAUGGACCGGCAUCACGGGACUCCGAUGCUGCUGGAAGGCGUGCGCUGCAUAGGAGCAGAACUCGAGUACGACUCCGAGCAAAGCGACUGGCAAGGCUUCGACUGAACGCCUGAACCUCACAGACUUCCCAGUCAGUGCCACAUAUCUCGUGUCGGCAGCGACAGAAUAUUCCAGAUUCUGGAAUUCUGUUGUCAGUGUCACUGCUUUCUGCUCGCAGCGUUUGGAAACAAAGUGUGGUUACUAGCUUGUUUGUACUGUUACAAUGGAAUGCAGGAAUGAUCUGUCGUUUGCUGUAGCUCUCUGUGAUUUGUCGUUUUUCAGGUUUGGAU